AGUGUCUGUCCUCUGUUGAGUGAUAAUAUUUCUUAUUUAUUGGAGUUUUUUUCUGUCUAUUUUCAUGCCUUCUGUCUCCAAUGUCAACAACCAACAUCUAUUUCACUUAUCAGGUUGGAUAGGAGUGGCAACAUGGCGCUGGGUUGCCAAUGACGAUAGUUGCGGCAUAUGUCGAAUGGCAUUUGAUGGSUGUUGUCCUGAUUGUAAGAUACCUGGUGAUGACUGUCCAUUAGUGUGGGGRAAGUGUUCUCAUGUCUUUCACAUGCACUGUAUUCUCAAAUGGUUGAACUCGCAACUUCAUCAACAACUAUGUCCWAUGUGCAGACAGGAAUGGCAAUUCAAAGAAUAAUGAUAUGAAUACAAUACUAAGAUGUAAAAAGAUGUAAAUGUAUACAAAUAAACAAAUAUGUUUUACAA